CCGAGUCCCAGAGAGGGAGAGACGGGCAGGAAGUCCGCGGCGGAACGGCGGACCCGGGCUCGGCCACCUCGAGUGCCACUGUUUCCAGGAGGUUCCUGAGGUCUGUGAAACAGUAGUCUUCGCAGGUGCCUGCCCCUCUGUUCUCGGCCCCCAAUACUAGCCCUCGGGGCAUCCCAGCCUGGAAAAAUGAGGACCCGGAGGUGGAAAGACCCCGGCCUCGAGGAGGCGGGGCACAGCCAGGGUGGGAGAACACGGCCCACCCGGGCAACCCAGCUGUGAACCCGGGUUCACAGUGGCUUCACUUCCAUUCUUCUAGGGGUGAGUGCGGGGCGGAGCAGGAUGGCGCUGGUGACCCGGAGACUGAGGUGGGGAAGGGGAGGGAGAUACGUGGUGGGACCCUGUCCUCCUCCUCCCCACCUGCUCCGCAGUUCAACCGAGGCUCGAAAAGACAGAAUUUCUGGUAGAGCAGCAAUCACAGCCUCUCUGUGCCGCCUGGUGGCGACAAGGAAGAAAGGCAAGAGCCAGUGACCCUGUUGAGAAAGGGAAGGAAACUCGCAUAUAGGGGCAAUUGCCGCUAUGGCUCUGGGUGAGUUGGUGUCUGGCCAACAAGUGAAUCUGCCACCCCAUCUGCCCGAAGGGUACCAUCCCCCAGCUCACCCAUUCUGCCCUGGUGCCUUGGAUCCCGCCUCUCCCACAUGUCCCCCAUGAUUUUCUGCUCCUCCUGCUCCUGCUGGGCUGGGCCUGAGUCAAUUCCCAGGCUGCACUCUGGGAAAGGCUGCGCGGGACCCACGGUCACAAGUGACAGGCUCGGGCUGCAGUGCCGGCUCUCCGUCUCCCAGCCAGCCAGGCCUUCCCAGGCGCUGAUUCUUCCUCUGUAUAAGGAGACCACUGGUCAGCUGAGCCGGGAGGCUCCUUCCUGGACUGACCCUGCAGAGCCACAAAGAAUCACAUCAUUUUGAAAUACUCAUGGCAGAGGAAGGGGCCAUCCUCACCAGGAACCUGAAAGCUGCCGUCUCCGCCAUCCUCCAGGGCUACCCUGGCGGGCAGCCUCCAGUGACAGAUGCCAGCGCUGAGCUGCACAGACUCUGUGGCUGCCUGGAGCUGCUACUACAGUUUGACCAGAAAGAGCAGAAGAGCCUCCUGAGGCCUCGGAAGGAUUACUGGGACUUCCUCUGCUCUGGCCUACGGCAACAGCGGGGCAGCACGGAGCCGGCCCGCUUCGUCUGCUCACAGGACAAGUUGAAGACUUCUCUAGCAAAAGGCCGUGCCUUCAUCCGCUUCUGCCUAGCCCACGGACAGCUGGCCGAGUCCCUGCAGCUCUGCCUUCUGAACCCCGAGCUCACCAGGGAAUGGUAUGGCCCCCGGAGCCCUCUGGUGUGCCCUGAACUCCGGGAAGACCUCCUGGAUUCUCUCUAUGCUCUCAAUGGAGUGACCUUCGACUUGAACCUGCGGUGGCCGGACCUAGAUGAAGCCUGGCCCAUGUUCUCAGAGUCUUGCUGCCCCAGCCGGACCCAGGGAAGAAGACCCAGAAAGACCAAAGACUCCCCAAAGCAGCUUCCUAGCACCAGGUACGGAUACCGUGAGGACUCAGCCUGUGCCCAGAAGGGGGAACACACUGCAACGCCACCUGUUAAGUGCGGUGAUGCAGCCAUGCACGGAGGAACAGGGGAGCCUGGAGACGGCUUCUCAGGAGAGAUCUCAGCCACACAUGGAAACCCCACAGCAGUCCAGCCAGAGGAGCUGCACACUAGCCAAACCAGCUGUCUGCAAGAUGCACCCAGGGAAGACUGGUUAGCUGGACUCCCCAGGUCCCAGCAACAAAGGCACCUUCCUCCCUUUGUGGAAAAGAAAAGAGAAGAUCCCAGGAGCCUCAGGUCCUCCCAGGGCAUGUGGGAACCAGCAGGGGAGGAACUUCAGCAAGCCCAGGAGAAAGGAGCCCCAAGAACUGGGAUCUGCCUGGAGAUUUCAACACCCAGCAUCCAGGGACAGGGAGAGGGGCCUGAGGGGGCUCCAAAGGAGGUGAUAGGCACAGAGGCCAAGGGCAGAAGGAUUCUUCCCAGUGCGGAGGGGACUCAUGAAGGGGGAGCAGAACAGGGUCAUGUCCAUAGGCUACUGGCCUCCAGCCCUACAGGGACAAUAGAGGACACAAUGUCAGGGAACCAGCAGGAGUGGGAGGUGCCUAGCAUUCCAGGGGAGCCCGGGGUCCUUUGGGGCCUGGGAACAAAGGAAGACUUCACCCCAGAGAAACCACAAGAGGAAACAGGAGAGACCAGUGUGACCAGGAGGAAGGAGCAAGCAGAAGUGGCCUUGCAGGAUGUGGUCAAGAGCCUGAGACGUGGGCUCCGGAAGACCGAGGAGCGGGCGCAGCACCAGGAGCAGCUGCUGAAGGAGAAGGAAGGGGAGCUGCGGACACUACAGGAGCGGCUCAGCAGGUGUCAGGAAGAGAGGGCCCGGCUACAGACAGAGCUGGAGCAGAAUCAGCAGGAGGCUGAGAGGAGGGACGCCAUGUAUGAGAAGGAGCUUGGAGGGCAGCGGGACCUGGUCCACGCCAUGAAGACGAGGGUGCUGGAACUGAUUCAAGAGAAGGAUGACCUGUGGCAGAAGGUCCAGCAUCUCUCUUCCAUGGCCCCCGGAUGCUGUGUUGACUGCAGCAAGGUCUUUGGCCGGCUGUCUCGGCGGUACCCAUGCAGGCUCUGCGGAGGCCUUGUUUGCCAUGCCUGCUCUGUGGAUUACAAGAAGAGAGGGCGCCACUGCCCACCCUGCUCCCAGAAGGGAGCAGCUCAGUUCGACCAAUGAGAUCACCCAGGAAUGGCCACCCACCCCAUCCCAUCAGCUCCCUCCCCUCUGCCCUUCCCACCCCUCUGGUCUGACCUGUCCUGCCUUCUGGAAGUUGGUGACCUAAGGCGGACAGCACUUGUGUGCGCAUUCUGUAGUGUGGGAGUGGAAGGAGCCAGGCUGGCAGGCAGGAGGCAGGAGGCAGGUUGAAGCCCUGCAUCCACCAUCCAUGAGCUGGGCGACUUGAGAGAGCUCACAGCUGUCCUGGCUUCUUCUACUGCCAGAGCCUCUGCAGCAGUUGGGCAACCUUGUGGCUCUGACCAGCGCCUGUGGACCGCCUCUUGGGGUCAGGGACACCCAGAGUUGCAUCCCAUUACCAUAGCAUGGAGCAAGAGUUUUGCAAUAGCAGUUCCUGCCCUGGAGAGCUGGUAAGAACUUCUCCUUAGCAAAAGCUACAACAAGCUUGCAGCACCUGUGGAGCCUCAGCAGAAAUUUCAAGAGGUGGCCCCGUGAGGAGUUGGAGCUUAGGCGAGAAGUGCAGGAGGCGAGUCAGGAGCAAAAGGCGUACAACACGGUGGUGUGGACAAUUCUGUACAUCACGCCCUGCUCAUCACGCCCUGACUGCUUCCAGCCCUGAGUCACAGAGGAGGUACCAGUGACCACUCCAAUCACAACAGCAGCUGUAGCGGCGACAGCAGCCGCCCUGUCAGUCAGGCACAUCUGCCCUCCUGGACGCAUCGCACUGUACAGGUGAAAGUCCCAGACUCCUGGUCACUUGUUUCCCUUGAGAGCACCUUUGAUCAUCAGUUCCCAGAGGCGACCUACCCUUGACCUUGUGACUUCCUUGGAUGUGACCCUGGGAUAAACAUGCUCUUGACUAUGGGACUGCGGAGCCAAUGACUUGCAGGUCUUGCCAACAACCAUGGCUGAGCCAGCUGUACCAUCUGCCUAUCCCACAACCACCUUCUCCUCCUGGCCAGACAGGGCACCACCACCAGCACAGACUGAUCGAAUCUGCUCUGUGCGUGGUCUCCAUGGGCUAAGAGGCUAACUUAACUGACCUCCAUCAUCUAGGCAAAAAAGUAAUAACCUCUCAGGAAAGUGAAGGCUAAGAAUUCUGUCCCUCUAGGGGAAAGGGCAUUACCUUUCUGGUGUCUCUUAUCCCUACCCAGCUUUCUUCUUUACUAUGUGUGAUUGACAAUAACAGACUUUCUUCUGUUAAAGAGAAAAGCUCCCUGGGAGUUUCGUUGUUGAUGCUAUUGUUUUACUAUUUGUAUUUGCUUUUCAAUGUAUUUGCCCUUUGGUUAUUUUUUUUCUGGUUGAGAUAUAAUUCACACACUGUCAAAGUCACCCACUUCCAAUGUACAACCCGUGGUUCUUAAUAUAUGCACAAAGUUAUACAAUCAUCACCACUGUCUGAUUCCUGAACACUUUUAUCACCUUGAAAAGAGAGCCCGUACUCAUUAAUAUUCCCCUCCCUCCAGCCCCUGGCAACCACAGAUCUGCUUUCUGUCUUUACUGAUUUGUCUAUUCCUUCAUACAUGGACUCAUCCAGUAUGAAGCCUUUUAUGUCUGGCUUUUUUCACUUGGAAUAAUGUUUUCAAGAUUCACUCACGUUGUAGUAUAGAUCAG